CAGCAUAGUAGUGAACGCUACUCUAUCAUAUAUAUAUAUAUACUCUUGCUGUACCAACACUAGCACGCACAACCAUGUCCACAGAACCUGUCUCCCACGGCCGCGGCGGCCAGGGCAACAUAGUCCCCGACGAUACAGCCUACGUCGACGGCGAAAUUCGCCGCGAAGGCGACCCCACCGCUUCCGGCGGCGCAUACAGCUCGGGUCGCGGUGGCGCCGCCAAUAUCGGCAGCCCGAGACAGCUCCCGGUGAGAACCAGUACGGAUGCGGACGUAGUACCCAAUGUGGCAAAGGUGGAGGCGCAUGAGGGUGAGGGGUUCCACAGUGGGCGGGGAGGGGAGGGGAAUGUGCAGUUGCCGGAGGGGGUGGGAAAGAAGGGGGGAGCGGGAGGGGGGAAUAUUAGCUUGGUAGAGAGGUUCAAGAGGAAGCUUUUCGGUUUCAUGAAGUAGCGGGGGGUGUUGGGAGAGUGGAUGGUGUGGGGAAGAGGGGGUUUAAUGGGUAAUGAUGGGUUAUUUUGAAUAGUUUUCUUUCCUUCUUUUUGCCUGUUUCAUCUUGUCGAAUUGCAGUGUAGUGGAUCGCCUGCUGUUUUCUUCUUCUUCUUCUUCUUCUGGUUCUCCCUGUUCUCUUCUAAGCUAUGCUAUUUAGUAGUUUGAUACG